GGCUGUGGAAGCCUUGGGGUCUCGGGGGGCAGGGCGUGGUGAGGUGAGGUGGGUGCCCGAGCGGGGUUCCCGGAGCUAUGGCUUGCUCCAUUGUCCAGUUCUGCUACUUCCAGGACCUCCAGGCCGCCCGGGACUUCCUCUUCCCUCAUCUGCGGGAGGAGACCCCCAGCGGCGCCGUGCGGAGGGACCCCAGUAAAUCAAACUGGGAAGAUGAUGGUUGGGGAGCAUGGGAAGAGACGGAACCCCAAGAACCUGAAGAAGAAGGAAAUACUUGCAAAACACAAAAAACAUCCUGGCUGCAAGAUUGUGUUUUAUCCUUAUCUCCAACCAAUGAUCUUAUGGUUAUAGCUCGAGGGCAAAAAGCUGUUUUUCUAGUGCCAAAAUGGAAAUACAGCGAUAAAGGAAAGGAAGAAAUGCAAUUUGCUGUUGGCUGGAGUGGUUCUUUAAAUGUCGAAGAAGGAGAACAUGUAACCAGUGCUCUAUGUAUCCCACUAGCAAGCCAAAAGAGGAGUUCCACAGGGCGUCCUGACUGGACCUGCAUCGUGGUGGGCUUUACUUCAGGUUAUGUGCGCUUCUACACUGAGAGUGGUGUGCUCUUGCUUGCACAACUUUUGAAUGAAGACCCAGUCCUACAGCUGAAGUGCAGGACCUAUGAAAUCCCACGACACCCUGGCGUGACCGAACAGAAUGAAGAGUUGAGUAUAUUAUAUCCGGUUGCCAUUGUGACUAUUGAUGGAUUUAGCCUUUUUCAGUCUCUUCGUGCUUGUCGAAAUCAGGUAGCAAAAGCUGCAGCAUCUGGCAAUGAGAACAUACAGCCCCCACCGUUAGCUUAUAAGAAAUGGGGUCUGCAAGAUAUUGACACUAUUAUUGAUCAUGCUAGUAUUGGUAUCAUGACUCUGUCCCCUUUCGACCAAAUGAAGACUGCCUCCAACAUAGGGGGAUUUAAUGCAGCAAUUAAAAACAGUCCACCCGCCAUGUCACAGUACAUCACCGUCGGGUCCAAUCCAUUUACUGGCUUCUUCUAUGCGCUAGAGGGGAGCACCCAGCCGUUACUGUCUCACGUGGCGCUGGCGGUCGCCAGUAAACUCACUUCUGCUUUAUUUAACGCUGCCAGUGGCUGGCUUGGUUGGAAAAGCAAGCACGAAGAAGAAGCCGUGCAGAAGCAGAAGCCAAAGGUCGAGCCGGCCACCCCGUUGGCUGUCAGAUUUGGACUUCCAGAUUCUAGACGCCAUGGUGAAAGUAUAUGUCUGUCUCCAUGUAACACACUGGCAGCAGUAACAGAUGAUUUUGGCAGAGUAAUUUUAUUGGAUGUGGCUAGAGGAAUUGCAAUACGCAUGUGGAAAGGGUAUCGAGAUGCACAGAUUGGUUGGAUCCAAAUCAUAGAGGACCUCCACGAAAGAGUACCAGAAAAGGCAGAUCUUUCCCCUUUUGGAAAUACUCAGGGUCCAAGCCGAGUAGCUCAGUUCCUUGUGAUCUAUGCACCAAGAAGGGGAAUCUUAGAAGUGUGGAGCACGCAGCAGGGACCUAGAGUUGGAGCCUUCAACGUGGGAAAGCACUGCAGGCUUCUGUAUCCUGGCUAUAAAAUAAUGGGCUUAAAUAAUGUAACCAGUCAAAGUUGGCAGCCGCAGACUUACCAGAUCUGCCUUGUCGAUCCAGUGUCUGGAAGUGUGAAAACAGUCAAUGUUCCUUUCCAUUUAGCGCUGAGCGACAAGAAGUGUGAACGAGCCAAGGACAUGCACCUAGUGAAGAAGCUGGCCGCCCUCCUGAAAACGAGACCUCCCCACCUCGAUUUGGUUGAAACACAAAUGAAGGAACUAAUUCUUGAUAUUAAGUACCCCGCAACCAAGAAACAAGCCUUGGAAAGCAUUUUGGCAAGUGAACGAUUACCAUUUUCCUGCCUUAGAAACAUCACUCAGACUCUAAUGGAUACUUUAAAAAAUCAAGAGCUGGAGUCUGUUGACGAAGGAUUGCUACAGUUUUGUGCCAAUAAACUGAAAUUACUCCAUCUUUAUGAGUCUGUCAGUCAGUUAAAUUCUGUUGAUUUUCAUUCAGAUACGCCAUUCUCGGAUAAUGACUUGGCUGUGUUACUGAGGCUCGAUGAAAAAGAACUGCUUAAGCUCGUGGCAUUACUAGAGAAGUACAAAGAGGAAAAAUCCAGGACUGCUACAGUCCGAUUUUCUGAUGCUAAGGAUGGUGUGUUACCCGUGAAAACAUUCCUGGAAUAUUUAGAGUGUGAGAAAGAUGCGGUCAACGUAAAGAAGAUAAGUGAAGAGGAGUAUGUGGCUUUAGGCAGUUUCUUUUUUUGGAAGUGUUUGCAUGGAGAAAGCUCUACCGAGGACAUGUGUCACACUCUGGAGUCAGCUGGACUGAGCCCUCAGCUGUUGUUGUCUCUGCUCCUGAGUGUGUGGCUUUCUAAGGAAAAAGAUAUUUUGGAUAAACCGCAGUCUGUGUGCUGUCUCCAUACGAUGCUGUCCCUUCUGAGCAAGAUGAAAGUGGCCAUCGAUGAGACCUGGGAUUCCCAGUCUGUGUCCCCAUGGUGGCAGCAGAUGCGCACGGCUUGUAUUCAGUCUGAGAACAACGGAGCUGCUCUGUUGUCUGCACACGUUGGGCAUUCCAUUGCUGCACAGAUCUCAAACAGUAUGACUGAGAAAAAAUUUUCCCAAACAGUGUCGGGUGCUGAUUCUGAGGCCCUCACCGAUUCCUGGGAGGCCCUUUCUCUUGACAUGGAAUACUGGAAGCUCCUGCUGAAACAGCUGGAGGACUGCCUCAUCCUUCAGACUCUGCUUCACAGCAAAGCAAACACGCCAGCCUCCGAAGUGUCGUCGCUGCAGGCUGAGCCACUCCCGAGGCUGUCUGUCAAAAAGUUACUGGAAGGGGGAAAAGGUGGCAUUGCAGACAGUGUAGCCAAGUGGAUAUUUAAACAGGAAUUCAGCCCUGAAGUACUAAAACUGGCUAGUAAGGAAAGAGAUGCAGAAAACCCAGAUGAACCCAAAGAAGGCAUUAACAGAGGUUUACUUGAAGCAUCAGAGGUGGAGAUGACCCUAGGAGCCAUACCAGACUUGUUGCAUUUAGCCUAUAAGCAGUUUCCAUGCAGCCUUGAGCUGGACGUGCUGCACGCCCACUGCUGUUGGGAGUACGUCGUUCAGUGGAAUAAAGACCCAGAGGAAGCACGUUUUUUUGUUAGGUCAAUAGAACACUUGAAGCACAUUCUUAAUGCGCAUGUUCAGAAUGGCAUUGCUCUCAUGAUGUGGAAUACAUUCUUGGUGAAAAGGUUUUCUGCUGCUACGUACUUGAUGGAUAAGGUUGGAAAAUCACCAAAGGACAGGCUAUGUCGAAGGGAUGUGGGGAUGAGUGACACAGCAAUGACCUCCUUCCUUGGCUCCUGCUUGGAUCUUCUUCAGACUUUAAUGGAGGCCGACGUCAGCCGGGACGAGAUGCAGGCGCCUGUCCUGGACACAGAGGACGCGUGGCUCAUGGUCGAGGGACCAAUCUCCAUCGUGGAGCUGGCGCUGGAGCAGAAGCACGUCCACUACCCGCUGGUGGAGCAUCACUCCGUCCUCUGCUCCGUCCUCUACGCCGUCAUGAGGUUUUCUCUGAAGACUGUGAAGCCGCUGUCACUCUUCGAUAGUAAGGGGAAAAAUGCAUUCUUCAAAGACCUAACUUCGAUUCAGUUAUUACCUAGUGGGGAAAUGGAUCCAAAUUUUAUUUCUGUACGACAACAGUUCUUACUGAAAGUCGUUAGCGCGGCCGUCCAGGCCCAGCACUCGGUCGCGAAAGACCGAGAGUCCUCAGAAGAGGCACCGACCACUCCUUUUGGGAAAGACCAAGACUGGCCAGUGCUAGCUGUGGAUUUGGCUCAUCACCUUCAAGUUAGUGAAGAUGUGGUUCGAAGGCAUUACGUGGGGGAGCUCUACAACUACGGAGCGGACCACUUGGGAGAAGAGGCCAUUCUCCAGGUUCAGGACAAGGAGGUCCUUGCCUCGCAGCUGCUGGUGUUAACAGGGCAGAGACUGGCUCACGCGCUCCUCCACACCCAGAUCAGAGAAGGAAUGGAGCUACUGGCCAGACUUCCGCCCAUGCUCUGCACUUGGCUGAGAGCCAUGAACCCCCAGGAUCUUCAAAACACAGAAGUGCCAAUUGCAACGACAGCUAAACUAGUAAAUAAAGUCAUUGAGCUUUUACCAGAAAACCAUGGGCAGUACAGUUUAGCCUUACACCUCGUUGAAGCGAUGGAAGCCAUAUCUCUUCCUUCUUUAUGACACUUGCCUACUGAAAAUGGUCCCAAAUUGUGUGACUGGAACAUGAAUUAGUGCAUGUAAUUUUACAUAGUAAGAUCUGGAAUUUUAUGAAGGGAGUAGGUCUUUUUUCUUUUGUAAAAUAAAUAUAAAUACAUACUACUUUUUAAAAGUGCAGUCCUGGCUAAAUUCCACUCCUUUGGUUAAUACUGAAGAUAAAAUAUAACUGAAUAUCAACUAUACCAUAUUACUAACACAGAUGUUUUACUGUUUAUUUCUAAUUUAAGCACUUAAAUAGCUUUAUGGGUAAACUUUGCUAUUUCAAAUGGGUUAUAAUUUACAGAUUAUGUUCUUAUUAUCAGAUUCUAUAUUUCGUACUCAAAAUGUUAAUUGUAAUUAAAUUUAAGUGUGUUCAUGUAUAGUCCCCCAUCAGUAAAAUUUGAGGAACACCCCACUGGCUUUUGUUGGCAUGCUUAAAUCCCGGAGCUCUGCACGAGGACAGGUUCUUUCCCCGAGGUUAUGCUGCCACCACCGGAGGACGAUGACCUUGCUUUGGAGGAGGAACGGGUUCGAGAUCCUCAUAUUCAUCAGAAGGGACACUGAACAACAUUAGAACCCUUAACCUGUUGUCCUUGCCAAAACUGAGAAUCUGAGACGCAAGCAACACAGCAAAAUUAAUUACGAUGUAAGUUAAGAUUUACUUUUUGCCAAGAUUCAAAGUUGUAUCCACAUCAGGUCAUUGUAAAAAUGUAUUAUCUUGUAAAAUUUAUGUUUUAAAAAAAAGGGCAAAGAUGCUAAAAAAAUUAAGUCCAAUUUAUUUUUCCUACAAGUGUUUAGAAAGGUCUGCUUCUGGGAUAUGGUAACAUUAUCUAUUCUUGGGAACAGUACAGAAAAGGCCUAGUGAUAUUACAGCUUUGCAAACCUACCUCACAGCUGGGUUGAGAGAAUAAAAUACAACUAAUUUUGUACCCUAGAGUGCCUCGAGCAGUCCAAGUGCUGAAUAAUUAUUUGUUGAUUAAAACCAGGUUAACCAAAACUCUGUAAAAAGUGCUUUGGCUCUACAAAUACCAAGUCUUUAUUAGGGUAGAUCUUUGGAAUGUAGCCAUAGAGUGCAAUUACUGAUCUCUGUCACGGAUCACAAUUGUUAUUCGUAGUAACUCAUUGUGAUACGGAAGUGUGUUGUUUCACUUACACGUAGGAAGCCAGCGUUAGUAACUGUACAAAGUUGACAAGUAUGCCCCUCGAGGUUAUAAAGAAAAAAGUCUCACAUUUGAGGAUAUCCCAGUGUAAAUUCUUUUUAACUAAAAGAUCACACCCAAAAAGGAACUAAAACUUAGUCUAAAGAAAGAACUAGUUCUAAAGAACUUUAGUUCUUGAAAGAACUAGUUCUAAAGAACUAAAACUGUCUAAAACUUACUAAUUACUGUUUAAUUUAAAAAUCUUGAAAGAUAAAGUUUAAAGAUGUCUUGGAUAUUUGGGUGAGGGCCUCUAAGUCUGACCGAGGCUCACGCCGUGUACAGUAGCAGCACCGAAAAGGACCUUAGCUCGUCCAGCUUCUCCGCCUCUGCCGGGAUCUCCGCUGGCCCAUCCAGACACAGUCCUGAGUCCUUGUAAACCUAUCGAGCUUUAUCUAGUCACCUGUUACAUGCAUUCUAAAAUAUUUGUUCUUCCUGUAAUUUUUCUAAAUACUCUGAAAGUAGUUACGAAUUUUGGAGGCUGGUCAAAGAAACUUUACAUCGUCACUUUGAUUCUGUUAUCACUUUUGGGGGAAGGGGAGUACCUGAUAAACGCGUUAGAUAAUAAAGCUGCUUAAACUUAUUCUCGUAGGACACACAGAUCUGGGGAUUGUAGAGAAUAGUAAUAAGCUGAAAUAUGGUUCAUGGGACCGUAACAGAUCACUGAAUUACAAAUCUGUAAUUACAUUUGUAAUCCUAAAGUUUACCAUUCAAAGAAUUUUAAAAUUGAAUGCUGAGUUAUAUGGUUAAGAAAACCAGUUAAGUAUUCUGUGAUUUCAUCAAGGGCUUUUAAAAUAAAUUUGAGAGAAGAAAAGAAAAUAAAUACCUAUGUAAACAUUCUGUAACAACAAAGAGCCACAAAUAAAGGAAUUAGGGUGUAUGUAGGAUGGGUGAUUUCUGAAACAAAGGUAUGUUGCACUUUCUGAUGGGAAGCCACUAACAGAGAACUCCCACCCCCCCACACACCUUUCUUUGUUAACAUUAAACAGGCAUCUGUACCUUGUUAAAUUUCACUGUAUAAUGCUGAAGGAAGACAGAAGUGUUCAAAUAAUUGUAACUUCUACAUUACAGGUUAUGUUUAGAUGUAGAACUAGAAGAGCCAGAUAAGCGUAGGUGAACAGGAACAUAGCACCGACCUUCUAAAUGCUUCAUACUUUUGCUAAAAAAAAAAAAUAAGAAGUGGAGAGAGUUUUUCCUUUGUUAUACAUUAUAAAACCUCAUCUAAGGUCAAAGUAAGCACUGUUACAUUUUUAAAUUGCUUUUCUUUAAGUGGUUAAUUGCAACUUAAAAUCAAAGAAAACAGAUUUAAUUUUUAAGUUUACAUGGAAUAUAAUGUUCACUUACAAGUUGCUGUGGUUCAUUCAUUUAUAAGAGACAAAUCUUUUUAAAGUACUCCAUAGCAACAGUGAAAGCCUUCCCUCACCCUGACAGGAAUGAAUUUGUUGGGCUUCUAAAAGUUAGAGUUCUGCUGAAUAGAAUUAGCUGUCCCUAGAAAGGUUUUAAUCCAAUACUGAAUUGUUUAUAAAAUGCUGUCAUCUAUUGUAAUGUACUAUAAGUAGUGACAUUCUGUACAUACUUCUAUUUUCUGUGUCCAUUGUUGUGAACUUAUGUAUAUUAGUGAAAUAAAUUUUCAGCUUUCA